CCAUGUUACACAGCUUUCAGUCCCGGCGGAGCUCUGAAGAUGGCGGCAACUGCAGCUGUGGGAGGAAGGUCAGCUUAUUACGGGAACGAGGGUGGCCGUGCCCCUAAGAGGCAGAAGACGGACGGGACUGACGACAGCGUGGCGGCCGCGGCGGAAGGAUACGAAGACCCUCACAAGACCCCGGCUUCUGCGGUGGUCCACGUGAGGGGGCUUAUUGAUGGAGUGGUGGAAGCUGAUCUCGCAGAGGCGCUUCAGGAGUUUGGCACCAUCAGUUAUGUGGUUGUGAUGCCUAAGAAGAGACAAGCCCUGGUGGAGUUUGAGGACAUCCUGGGAGCCUGCAAUGCCGUUAACUACGCCGCCGACAACCAGAUCUACGUUGCCGGUCACCCAGCUUUUGUCAACUACUCCACCAGCCAGAAGAUCUCGCGCCCUGUGGACACGGUAGAUGACUCGAGGGGUGUCAACAAUGUGUUGCUUUUCACCAUCCUCAACCCCAUCUACUCGAUCACCACGGAUGUGUUGUAUACCAUCUGUAAUCCAUGUGGACCUGUCCAGCGGAUUGUCCUCUUCAGGAAGAAUGGAGUCCAGGCUAUGGUGGAAUUUGACUCCGUACAAAGUGCUCAACGUGCGAAGGCCUCUCUGAAUGGAGCGGACAUAUACUCAGGAUGUUGCACUUUAAAGAUUGAGUAUGCUAAGCCCACAAGGCUGAACGUCUUCAAGAAUGACCAGGACACUUGGGACUACACUAAUCCGACCCUGAGUGGACAAGGAGAUGGACCAGGAAACCAAAACAAACGACAGCGAAACCCGCCUUUGCUGGGAGACCACCCUGCAGAGUACGGAGGAGGAGGAGGCCCACAUGGUGGAUACCAUAGUCACUAUCAUGAUGAGGGUUAUGGCCCUCCACCCCCACACUAUGAAAGCCGCAGAAUGGGACCACCUCCUGUUGGCGCCCCUCGCAGAGGACCAAAUCGUUAUGGUCCUCAGUACGGUCACCCUCCACCACCACCUCCGGAAUAUGGUCCUCAUGCGGACAGCCCCGUUCUCAUGGUGUAUGGACUUGAUGCAAAAAAGAUGAAUUGUGAUCGGGUGUUCAAUGUAUUCUGUUUAUAUGGCAAUGUAGAGAAGGUGAAAUUCAUGAAGAGCAAACCUGGGGCUGCUAUGGUGGAGAUGGCUGAUGGGUAUGCUGUGGACAGAGCCCUCACCCACCUGAACAAUAACUUCAUGUUUGGGCAGAAGCUCAGUGUCUGUGUGUCAAAGCAGCAGUCUAUUGUGCCUGGUCAGUCGUACGGCCUGGAGGAUGGCUCAUGCAGCUUCAAGGUGUUCAGCGGUUCCCGAAACAAUCGCUUCACGUCUCCUGAGCAGGCGGCAAAGAACCGCAUCCAGCAGCCGAGCAAUGUACUUCAUUUCUUCAAUGCUCCACCAGAAGUCACAGAUCAGAACUUCUUAGAGAUCAAUGAUGAGCUUGGCUUGAAGAAACCGGCAUCUGUCAAAGUAUUUCCUGGCAAAAGUGAUCGGAGCUCCUCGGGGCUGCUGGAGUGGGAAUCUAAGAGCGAUGCCCUUGAAACACUCAGUUUACUGAAUCAUUUCCAGAUGAAGAAUCCUAAUGGCCCAUACCCUUACACCUUGAAGCUGUGCUUCUCCACCGCCCAGCAUGCAUCGUAACACCCUAGAUGUGACCUGACCGUUCCCUCCCCACCGCUAAUGUUUAGUACCCGUUGGGCUCCUUGAGCUAGAUUUUUUUUUAUUUCAGUUUAUUAUAUAAUUUUUUUUUUUUUUUUUUAUGUAUGGUUGUGUGCCUGUACUUAGCACAUGUUAAAUUGGGGACACUUGUGUUGCGUCACUGGACGUUUGCUGGUUUUUCCCAUGUUUAAUAAAGCCUGAUGCUUUGAUUGGUAAA